AUGGCGCAGACUGCCUGGCCGGCUUGGGCUGUGGCCUGGUACUCCUUCCUCUGUUCCAUGGCCUUGCUGAACCUUUGUCUGGCCCUGUUUCUGCUGCGAUGCGGCAAGCCCUCGGAAGACGCUCGACCGUACUGGUAUCGGUUUAGCUUGCGCUGGCUUGGUGCAGUCUACGUCCUUGUGGUUGCAUAUCGAAGCGUCUUUCCGGCAGACUACCCUCACCGGUACGUUUUCUGGGACAACAUGAUGAGCAGCAUUCUCAUCCAUCGAGCCUGUGCCACGGUGGAGGAGCUGGCCUGGGUCCUGCAGAUUGCCAUCAUCCAAAGCUUCUGCGCAGCCCAGGUCAGGCCAGGACGGGCCUGUUGGCCGGUCGUGCUAGCCACUUCCGUCUGCAUGGUUCUCAUCAUCGUCGUUGCUGAGUGCUUCUCCUUCACUGGCACGAUUACGCAGGCUUUCUGCUGGUUUGCGUUGGAGGAGACAUGCUGGGCCAUCGCCUUUGCCAUUGGGCUGCCGGUCUACGUGCACCUGCUCUUCGCGACUUACAGGCGCAGCCAAGAAUGCAACGGCAAGCAGCAGCCGGCGGCAGUUGGACGUGAGGCGAGAUGUGGAUGCUUCACAGGGCUGCACUUCGCCAUAGCCCUGACGAUCUUCUGCCUUGGCUACGUGCCUUACAUGGCCGCGGUGGACGUCCCUUCCUACUGGGAGGCAUACGAUGCGCAGAAGCUCGAGGGAAUCGAACCGAACGGCUUGAAGCAAGGUGCUUGGAAUGCCUUAACCUACCGGGAGCCGACGAGGGCCUUGUCGUCUUGGCAGUCAAACCUUCUCUGGAAGACGGUCUACUUCACCUUGGGGCCCUGGCUCAGCCUGGCAAUGAUGACGGCCCCGGUCCUUCCCGAGCAGGCGGAGGAGAAGGCGAACUUCGAGCCCGAGCGACCUUCCGAGGUCUAA